GUAAACAGUAAAGUUUUCCCCUUGUCAAGUGAGCGUGAGCUCUGUGUGAGUGUGACCAGCUCUAAACACUGACAAAUGCAUGCGCUACCUAGGCAGUUGCCAGGAUAAGCAGGCACAGUACACCGGGCCCUAUAUUUAGCUGACCAGCUAAGGUAGUCUACAGACGAACUUAAAGCAUAGUAACCGCUCUGUUUGCCUAACCAUAUAUACGAACGAAUGUGUACUAGCCUCCACGGUAGCUGCUACUGCUCUUGCUCUGCUACACCACCACCCACAAGGCCAGCACCGCACAGCCGUCAGCCACAACGACCGCUGCAUCUCCGGGGCGGGGCGCCUCAUGCCCGAGAAGCCUCCACCGCUCCGCCGUCGCCCGACGGCGGCGGGGAGCUGGGUCCGGUCGCUCCACUGCAAGUCCAUGGCGGCCGACGACGUGGCCGCCAGAGUAGCGGCGGCGCCCAAGAAGCUCCUCCCGCGCGCUGGCUGCGGUGGGAGCUCCGGCGACACCCUCAACCACGUCGUCGUCUCGUCCAAGCCCAGCAGGCCCAAGCCCAAGCCCAAGCCUAAGCCAAGCCCCGAACCGAAGACGACCAACAAGCCCAAGCCGGUGCCUGUGCCGCCGUCGCCGCCUCCGGGCCCUCUCGGCCCGGUCCCUGCGCUCACAGAGCUCCCUGCCGGGCACUCGUCGCGGCAGGUGGUGGAGAUCAUCUUCCUGUCCUCGUGGUCCUCUCCGCCACCGGGAGCGCCCACCAGCAGCAGCAGCACGUUCCCGGGCGCGGUGGUGGAGAUGCUGUUCCGCGUGCACAACCCGGCGCGCGCCGUGGCGCGCUUCGAGGACUACCGCGCCGCGGUGCGCGCCCGGGCCGGCGGCGCCUCGCGCAGCGCGGCCGACGGCAACGAGAUGAUGCGCUUCACCCCGGCGCCGCCGUACGGCUCCUCGGCCGCUGCCGCGGCGGCGGCCGGCGAGGACGGCCCGCGCGUCCGGACGUUCGACGGCAGCGGCGGCGCGCACGCCAGCGCGCGCGGGCCCGCGACCGGCCGCCGCGCCAUGUUCCUGUGCAGGGUCAUCGCCGGCCGCGUGGCGGAGGGGGCCGGCGCCCACGCCGCCGCAGCGGCCGGAAAGGAGCACUUCGACUCCGUACGGGUUGGCAGGGGCGGCGAGCUGGUGGUGUUCGACCGCCGCGCCGUGCUCCCCUGCUUCCUCAUCAUCUACAAGCUGUAACUGUAAAAAGAGGGGGUGGGGGGAGAAAAGCAUCGAUGUCAAUUAGUCCUGCUGCUAAUUCUUUUCUCAUUUGUCUGCUAACCAGUCAACUGCAUAUAGUAGCCAUACUGCUUCCUCAUCAACCCUCAGGAUCGUUAGCCUUCGCCAUCACUCGUCUCGCUGGUGACUGUCGAAGUGCCCCGUGCCUGUGCCUCUUUCGCAGUCGCAGCAGCUGCGCAAUUGCAGAUACUGUGCGCGUGCAGUCCGUGCGCGAGUUUAAGGCGCGCACAGAGGCUGCGCAUGUCCGGUUCGCUCGCACAGUGCAGUGCAGUGCAGUGCAGUGCGAGCGAGCGAGAGCUUGUCCCUGUGCGGCGACGCUGGUUGCUUAUUCCUUGCCGUUGUCGCGUUCGAUGCGGGCGGGCCGCGGCGCCUCCGUGCCCCGCCGGAGCCAGAGACAAAAGGAAUAGACAGAAGUGCUCGGAUUUGGAUUUUUCACUGCUCGCCUUCGUUUCAGGCGUCGUCUUCUGUUCACCUGCAUCAUCUGAGCCACUGCUGUACCUGUACGUAUGUAUAUGCUUGCAAUGCAAUGCCCACUACGGCAGCCCAGCGUUGUUUCAUUUGCAUCGCUCCAUUCCAUAUGGCCAUAAUCUUGUAUCAGGAUACAGAUGAAAUUCAGAUGGACGAGAGCUACCUGGAAGGCUGGAAGCAGAUUUUGACGAUCAAUUAAGGCUAUCCGUAGCAAAUCAGAGGAUUUACGCUAUAGAUCAGUAAAGUUCUGAAUAGGGAUGAAAUAAAAUAAGAUAGCUGCCGAAGAUAUUGGGAUCCUCUGCAGUCGAGACAGUCUAAGCAGCGGGCGCCCGGCAGAGCUUUCAGAGAGGGAUCGAGUAGUCCCAUUAUAUUGCCAUGUGUGUGUACUGCUGCUGCUAGUGCCACCCUGUUAUAGAUCUUGUGAUGAUAUACGCGUAUUUGUACUGUUCAUGGAAGUAUUGAAAUAGCAACGACUUGUCAGAGACU